AUGCCACCAUUCCCAGUGAAUGAAGUUUUAUGUUCGCUUUGGAUUGCUUGUCUUUUUAUAUCUCCUUUGGGUCAGCCAGGAACGGAGGCCUUUCAGUGUGGCAAUGGAGUCUCCUUGCCUCCAGAUCACGUGUGUGACUUCACAGACCAGUGUGGGGACAACAGCGAUGAGCAGCAAUGCCUGAAUUAUGAAAGAUGUGACUUUGAGGAUGGUCUCUGCGGUAUGCAACAAGAUAGAGGUCUGAAUUCACGUUGGACUACAAGAAAUGGCUUGACUGUUUCUUCGCCUCCAUUUUAUGAUCACAAUGGAAAUCAGUCUGCCCACUUCCUCUCACUGGUCUCCAACGUGGAUUAUUUUUUCUCAAAUUUAAGAAGCAGAGUUUUCCUUCCAACUAAUGGCCAACAUGUUUGUCAGAUUACAUUUUAUGACUUCUUCAGCCACCUGAAUGGCAAAUUGAUAGUAGGUUUUCAAACUGGAUGUGGUGGUUCUAUUCAGCGUUUAUGGCAAAACACAGCUGCACUUCAAGAUAAGUGGGAGAGGCAUGUCAUCAGAGUCCAGAGCACCCAGAGGUUUCAGGUUGUUUUUCAAGGUCAAAUGACUGAAACUCACCUGCAGAUUGGUGCUGUGGCUAUUGAUGAUAUAUCUUUCAGUUCAGGCUGCUUGCGUGCGGAAGAUGGGAUGUUAUCAUGUCAAGAAGCACUGGAUACCGAGCAGGACCUGUGUCAACCAGAUCUGGAUAUCUGCCGAUUUGAUUCCGCAGAUCAGGGGUUGAGUUUGUGUCAGCCCUGUACCUUUGACUUUGACACGUGUGGCUGGGCAUCAGAGGCCUCUGCUGGGCGAACUUCCUGGAUGCGCACAAAAGCAAACAAGAUCCCUCCAUUGGCAUCCUCACCCAAGCAGGAUCAAAGUGGCAGUGAUGAAGGUUACUAUAUAUGGAUGGGUGGCAAGCAGGCAGCUCCGGGCCUGUUAGACAGCAGAGCUCGUUUAAGCAGCCCUGUGACCUACUGCUUGGGCAGGCCUUGCCACCUUCAGUUCUAUUACACCAUAGACAGCAGUGUCCUGAGGGUAGAGCUCUAUAAUAAUGAGGAAAAAGAAACAAUUUGGAUCACCAAUAUAUCUACUCACAGUAAAUGGGAGAAAGUAGAUGUAUUAAUUCCAGAAGACCUGAAAACAUUUAAGAUUGUUUUUGAAGGCACAAUUUUGAGGCAGGAAAGUUUUAUUGGGCUGGAUGGACUCAGGGUCUACACCUGUGGACAGACCCACUCCAAGCAGCUCUGCUCUGCAAGAGAAUUCACUUGUGCCACUGACCAGAGCCUUGCCCAGGAAUCAGCCUGCGAUGCUGAGCAGGACUGCUCUGAAGAGAGCGAUGAAGACUCAGCAAAUUGCUCAAAUCAUGUCACCUGGGACUUUGAGUCUGGAUUCUGUGGCUGGCAGCCAUUUCCCGUAGAAGAUUCACACUGGCAGGUAGUGAAAGGAUUGAUCAGUGGAGAGCGCAGUUUCCCUGAAGCUAAUCCUCCAGCAAGCAGAUGUCAUGGAUCAUUUAUUUAUUUUAGGACACAUCAACCCUCUGGAGUGGCCAGACUUGGAAGUCCCAUUCUUUCCAAAUUGCUCACUGCUACUACUCCAUGUCAGGUCCAGUUUUGGUACUGGUUGUCUGAGCAUUCCCAUCUCUCGGUGUUUACACGGACAUCACUAGAUGGCAAUUUGCAAAAACACAGUGAAGAAAUCCUGUUUCCUGUAUCUCAGUGGAGCCAAGCAAAAAUCGAUCUUCAUGCCAAAGAUGGAGAAUCUGCUCUGCCUUUUCAGUUAAUUUUAGAAGCUACUGUUUUAUCAUCAAAUGCUACUGUUGCUGUGGAUGACAUCAGUAUUUCCAAUGAUUGUGUAAUUUCCUAUAAGUCACUUCCAAGUACCAACAUACAAAACAAUGUUACCAAUUGUGAUUUUGAAGAGGACAGCUGUGGUUGGUUUGAAGCCAUCAGUGGUGACCAUUUUGACUGGGUGUGGAACUCCCAGAGUGACCUCUCUGCUGGUUUGAAGCAACAAGCCCCACCGAAGGAUCACACUCACAACACAGCUCAAGGACAUUUUAUGUUCAUUAUGAAGAACAUCAGCAUAUUCUCUCAAGUUGCUAAACUCCAGAGUCCAACCUUCAGCCAGACGGGACCUGGAUGCACACUGUCAUUCUGGUUUUAUAACUAUGGCCUGUCAGUUGGAGCAGCUGAGCUUCAGCUACAUAUGGAAAAUUCCAAUGACAGCACACCACUUUGGAGAGUGUUAUAUAACCAGGGCCACCAGUGGUCAGAAGCUAAGGUUCAACUGGGGCGCCUCACUAAACCCUUCUACCUGUCACUAGAAAAAGUCAGCCUGGGAGUCUAUGAUGGAGUCUCAGCCAUUGAUGACAUCCAGUUUGAUAACUGUACACUGCCUCUUCCUGCCGAGAGUUGCGAGGGGGCAGAGCACUUCUGGUGCCAACACACGAAAGCCUGCAUAGAAAGGCAUCACUUAUGUGAUCUGGUGGAUGACUGUGGAGACCGUACUGAUGAACUUGACUGUGCAUCUGAACUACAGUGUGACUUUGAAAAUGGAAUUUGUAACUGGGAACAAGGUACAGAAGAUGACUUUGAUUGGACAAGGAACCAGGGUCCAACUUCAACGCUCAACACAGGACCCAUGAAGGAUAACACUCUGGGCACUGCUAAAGGAUACUAUCUCUAUGUAGAAUCUUCAGAGCCACAGGCUUUCCAAGACCAUGCUACUUUACUCAGCCCAGUCCUUAAUGCCACAGAAGGCAAGAACUGUACCUUCCGCCUCUACUACCACAUGUUUGGGAAGCACAUUUACCAGCUAGCAGUCUAUCAGCGGAUAUGGAGCAACUCUAGGGGACAGCUGCUCUGGCAGAUAUUUGGAGAUCAAGGCAACAGAUGGAUAAGGAAACAACUUAGCCUUUCCAGUGAGCAGCCUUUUCAGAUCUUGGUGGAAGCUUCAGUGGGAGAUGGCUUCACUGGAGACAUUGCAAUUGAUGAUUUGUCUUUCAGAAACUGCGCCCUCUACCCAGGUAACUUGCCAGUGUAUAUUCCAGCUCCACCUGAAACCUCAGUUCCUGGAACCUUGCCUCCACACAACUGUGCAGACAACGAAUUUGUCUGUAGAUCUGAUGGUCAAUGUGUUGAACAAAUUCAGAAAUGUGAUUUUAAAUACGACUGCCUUGAUAAAUCAGAUGAAAUAUUCUGUGUUCAGGAAGUUUGCACAUUUGAAGAAAGAAACCUCUGUAAAUGGUAUCAACCAAUCCCAGCACAUUUACUCCAGAAUUCAAACACAUUUAGGUGGGGACUUGGCAAUGGGAUUAGCAUUCAUCAUGGAGAAGAAAACCACAGGCCAUCGGUAGAUCAUACAAAGAAUACUACAGAGAGCUGGUAUCUAUAUGCUGACAGCUCAAAUGGGAAGUUUGGUGAUACAGCUGAUAUUCUUACUCCUGUCAUUUCACUCACUGGACCGAAGUGUACCUUGGUGUUCUGGACUCAUAUGAAUGGUGCCACAGUGGGUUCUCUCCAGGUGCUUAUCAGGAAAGGCAACAUUACCUCUAAAGUGUGGGCACAAACUGGACAGCAGGGUGCACUGUGGAAGAAAGUAGAAAUAUUCUUAGGCAUUCUUUCCUAUGCAGAGAUUGUCUUCAGGGCAAAGCGUGGUGUUAGUUACAUGGGCGACGUAGCAGUAGAUGACAUUUCCUUCCACAAUUGCUCUCCCUUACUCAGUACAGACAGGAAGUGCACUGCUGAGGAAUUCAUGUGUGCUAACAAGCAUUGCAUUGCAAAGGAGAAGCUGUGUGACUUCGUGAAUGACUGUGCUGAUCACUCAGAUGAGAACACUUUCAUCUGUGGUACUUCCAAUGGGGCCUGCAAUUUUGAAUUUGACAUUUGCAGCUGGGAGCAGGAUCAAGAUGAGGACAUAGACUGGAAUCUCAAGGCCAGUGGCAUCCCAACUGCAAGCACAGAGCCAGCUGGGGACCACACUCUGGGAAAUUCAUCCGGCCAUUAUAUUCUGAUAAAGAGCUUUUUCCCACAGCAGCCCAUGAAAACAGCCAGAAUAUCUAGCCCACUUAUAAGCAAGAGAAGCAAAGAUUGUAAGAUUAUUUUUAAUUAUCACAUGUAUGGAAAUGGUAUUGGAGCCCUCACCGUGUUCCAGGUAUCAAUCUCAAACCAAACUAAGGUGCUCCUUAAUCUCACCGAAGAGCAAGGCAAUUUCUGGAGGAGAAAAGAGUUAUCACUGACUAGUGAAGAAGACUUCAGACUCAAGUUUGAAGGCAGAGUUGGCAAAGGCCUCCAUGGAAAUAUCGCCCUUGAUGACAUUGUGUUUACAAAGAGCUGUCUAUCUUCCCAUCUUCCAAUGAAUGAGGAGCCAGCUGUACCUCCUUCAACAGGUCAUUGUCCACAUGGCUAUCAAGAAUGUCAUAAUGGCAAAUGCUAUAGUUUGAAGAAAAGCUGUGAUUUUGUCGAUGACUGUGGAGAUAAUACUGAUGAAAAUGAAUGUGGUGGUUCCUGUACUUUUGAGCAAGGACUGUGUGGCUGGAAAAACUCUCAAGCUGAAAAUUUUGAUUGGGUUUUGGGAGUGGGCUCUCAUCGAAGCCAAAGACCACCCAAAGACCAUACACUGGAAAAUGAAGAUGGUCACUUCAUGUAUCUGGAAGCUACUCCCGUGGGUCUUCGGGGUGACAAAGCACACUUCAAGAGUGCCGUGUGGCGAGAAUCCAGCGCUGCAUGCACCAUGAGCUUCUGGUAUUUCAUAUCUGCAAAAGCCACAGGGUCCAUUCAGAUUCUCAUUAAGACAGAGAAAGGACUGUCAGAAGUGUGGCAAGAAAGUAUGCCUAGCCCUGGUCAUCACUGGCAGAAGGCUGUCAUCCUUUUAGGAAAGUUCCGGAACUUUGAAGUCAUAUUUCAAGGCAUCAGAACAAGGGACCUAGGAGGAGGAGCUGCAAUUGAUGAUAUUGAAUUUAAGAACUGCACAACUGAGGGAGAGACCUCAGAGAUUUGCCCAGAGGACACAGACUUUUUGUGCCAGGACAAGAAGUGCAUUGCAUCCCACCUUGUCUGUGACUACAAGCCCGACUGCUCCGACAGGUCUGAUGAAGCUCACUGUGGAUAUUACACAAGCACAACAGGAAGCUGCAAUUUUGAAGCGCCCUCAGGAAACUGGUCAGCCACCUGUGCUCUCACUGAGGAUCCGGAGGGUACACUAGGCUGGGCCAUCGGCAGCACAAUUCCUACAGGGUCAAUGAGUCCAGAUUCUGACCACACACCAGGCAGUGGCCAGCACUUUCUAUAUGUCAACUCCUCUGUACCCCAAGAAGGAGCCACUGCAAGAAUCAUGACGACCAAAUAUUUCCCACCAAGCCUUGGAGUGUGUACCCUUCGGUUCUGGUUCUAUAUGGUGGAUCCCAAGAGGAUGGGGAUAUUAAAGGUAUAUACCAUUGACGAAUCAGGACUAAGCAUCCUAGUAUGGUCAGUGAUCGGAAGCAGAAAAGUUGGGUGGACUUCUGGGCAUGUGCCUCUCUCCAGUAACAGUGCCUUUAAAGUGGCCUUUGAAGCUGACUUGGGUGGACAUGACACCAUCUUCAUUGCCCUUGAUGACAUUUCUUUCACUCCAGAGUGUGUGCAUGGAGGUCCUGUGCCGCCUCAGCCGCCCCUCUGUGAGGAUGAUCAGUUUACUUGUGUGUACACACUGCAGUGUGUCCCUGCCUCUGGAAAGUGUGAUGGACGGGAAGACUGCCCAGAUGGGUCUGAUGAAAUGGACUGCUCUCCCAGCCCCUCUCCUCAGCUCUGCAGUGACACAGAAUUCUGGUGCUCAGCAAACCACUGCAUCCCAUCCCUCCUCCUAUGUGACGGAGUGGCCGACUGCCCAUUUCAGGAAGAUGAAUCCAGAUGCUCCAAUAAGAGCUGCCCUACUGGAACUCUUGUGUGCCUAACUUCUAACAACUGCAUCCCAACCCACCAACGCUGUGAUGGCGUAGUCCACUGCAUGGACUUUCAACUUGAUGAGUCAAGCUGCUCAGGGUGUCCAGUAAAUUAUUGCAGAAAUGGUGGGACAUGUGUGGUAGAGAAAAGUGGCCCUAUGUGUCGAUGUGAACAAGAAUGGAAAGGAAAUCGAUGUCACAUCAAGUUUGACCCUCCUGCCUCAGAUCUCCUGUACACUCAGAAUAACAUGUGGACUCUUCUGGGAAUUGGAUUUGCAUUCCUGAUUACUGUUGUCACAGUUGCCUUCUUGUGUCUCCUCGCUGGCAGAAAAGUGCCAGUCAGGAAAUCUGAAGAGGGCGCCACCUGUGCCUUUGCCAACCCAGUCUAUGGAAAUGGCAAUCACCCAGAACAAGAAGAGAGUUCUGUCUGCUCCUUCUCAAAUCCAUCCUAUGGAAGAACAUCAGGAAGCCUGGAAACUGUGUCUUAUCAUCUCAAAUCAUAA